AUGAAUGACGAACGAGUAGCCUACUCAGAACUGAGUCUGGCCAAGAACCCAAAGAAACAGCAAAGGACACCUAAGAGCACAAAAAGCUCCAUUUCGGUCACUGAACAGGAAAUAAUCUAUGUGGAAUUAAACCUUCCAGACGCUUCUCAGGAUCUUCAAGGAAAUGACCAGCGCUCUCCCUGCAAAGAUUUACCAUCACCUCCUCUCAUUGCUAGGAUCCUGGGAACCAUGUGCCUUGUUUUAAUGGCCACCGUGGUGAUAACAAUGACAGUUGUUACUCCCUCUACUGUAAUACAGGAGCAGAGCAAUUAUUCCCUAAGAAGAACCCAUAAAGCAUAUCAUUGUGGUUACUGUCCGAAGGAGUGGUUCACGUAUUCCAACAAUUGUUAUUCCAUUAGUAUGGAAAAAUCUUGGAAUGAAAGUUUGAUGGCCUGUGCUUCUAUGAACUCUAAUCUCCUUCAGAUAGAUGAUGAAGAAGAAAUGAAAUUUCUGAUGUCCCUAUCAUUUGUAUCAUGGGUUGGAGUCUUUCGUAACAGCAGUGAUCGUCCAUGGAUGUCAAUAAACGGACCAACUUUCAAACUAAAGAUAAAAGAAUCAGCAGAUCAUAAUCAUAACUGUGCUGUGCUAUAUUCAGGUGGUCUUAAACCAGACAGUUGUGGAUCUUUAAAUAUGUAUAGUUGUAAGCUUAAGUUAGAAUUAAAACACCUGAGUUUUGAGUCUGUCAGCGUUACGUUUGUGGCAUCUGUCUUUCUAAAAGUUCACAUUUUGUGUGAGUCUGUUUAUAUGAAAUACAAAGAACAGGUAAACCCUAUAGAGACAGAACGUGGAUCAGUGUUUACCAAGGGCUGA